GGCGGUGACAGUGGUAUCCGGAGAGUCGUCCUGGGCAGCGCAGCGGGGGCUGGGGGCCGGGCGGCUCCCGGCGUGGGCAUCCGGGUAGGAAGGAGUGUCCUGGGCUAGGCAGGGCGGGUUUCCGUUCGCCGUGGCUGCGCGGGCAGAGUCGGCAGUGCGGGACCGCGCCACCGGCGCACACUCUCAGGUGCCGACAGCUCGGCUGCGCGCGGAGAGGCGGCUGGCUGUCCGCACCCGGCCGGGAUGAGGUACAGAGGACCCGUACCCGCGAUCCUCUGGGGGUUCUCCGCGGCGCGAUAAUUUACUGCUCUCGCGAUAUUUUCAGAGAUUUCCCGUCGUAGCCCCAGCUUAUGCGGUUACCAAGGCAACUGGGCGGCACCGGAGCGAGCGGGAAGGCGGAGUACGUCGAAUUUUUGUAGGCUAGCCUGGAGACUUAAGGAGUGGCCCUCCCUGAGCUUCCAGUCCCAGAGACCACGGCCUCUGCUCCAGGAGGUAACCCUUACCCAGGGGGCCAUGGGUCGGAUCUCGGGACUCGUGCCCUCUCGCUUUCUGACGCUCCUGGCGCAUUUGGUGGUCGUCAUCACCUUAUUUUGGUCGCGGGACAGCAACAUCCAGGCCUGCCUGCCUCUCAAGUUUACCCCUGAGGAAUAUGAAAAGCAGGACAUGCAGCUGGUGGCAGCGCUCUCUGUCACCCUGGCCCUCUUUGCAGUGGAGCUGGCCGGUUUCUUCUCAGGAGUUUCCAUGUUCAACAGCACCCAGAGCCUCAUCUCCAUUGGGGCUCACUGUAGUGCAUCUGUGGCCCUAUCCUUCUUCAUAUUUGAGCGUUGGGAGUGCACCACGUACUGGUACAUUUUUGUCUUCUGCAGUGCCAUCCCAGCCGUCACCGAAAUAGCAUUAUUCAUCAGCGUCUUUGGGCUGAAAAAGAAACCUUUCUGAUACCUUCGUGACUGGAAGUAGGGAUGAAGGCUGGAGAAGCGAGGGACCACUCACCGUUCCUGGAAGAAGGGAACCAUAGACUUCAGCCCUCCCCCUAAAACUGCAUUUGGUGGAGGAUGUCAGUGUUAGGGUAAUUGUCUCUCGAGUCUGGAGUUAUGAGUUUUGUUUACAAUUCUUUGUAAAAAAAAUAUAUUUUAGGGUAAGAUCAAGACUUACUGGAAUUCGUGGCAGUACAGUGGUUAGGACUCCGCGCUUCCACUGCAGGGGGCGCGGGUUUGAUCCCUGGUCGGGGAACUAAGAUCCCGCAUGCCGCGCAGCGUGGCCAAAAAAAAAAAAAAAAAAAGAUA